GCAUGUACGCAAGGCAAAUUGAACCUCGAGUUGGAUAUGGCCGAGAGGUCUGGUUGUGUAUGGAGAUAAUUAUCUGUCCAUAGUCUUUUUUUCUGUAAUGUCUAUCAUUUUCAGCAGGUGAUGCACCUACCAGCUACGAAACGACCUGAGAGCUCCAAUUUAUUUGAUAAGAGAAGCCAAGAGGUAUCCACUUGCGGGAUGGGCCGAAAGAUCUCGGCAGCAUGGAGCGCCAUCUCCGACCAGAGAGAGCGUCGAAAAGCCCAGAAUCGACUUUCUCAAAGAAAGAAACGUCAGCGAGAUACCCAGAAGCACUACACAGAAUCGAAUAUACUUCAAGACGUCAACGGGUUGGAAAACAGAUGCCAUGGUUUCAGUUCUACUUUCAAUGAUACUCCACUAGACGAAUGGCUAGAUUGCGACCAAAUCGAUCUCGAAAUCUCAGAGCCAAGCUUCACGUUCCACAUUCCAGAUGACCACCUUUCAUUCCCAGAGCCUCUCGAUCCUUUAGAUUCCAACAAUCAAACUUUUGACCUCAGUUUAUACCAACCUAUCUGCUCCAACUUCGACUCCGACAAUGAUGCUUUGAUUUCGACCAUAGGACCUGAGGAGAUCUUUAACUGGUUCGAGACCAGAUAUCCGGAUGUGGAAAGAGCCGCAGCCUCAUCGCCUCUCUCUGCUCCAGGGGAAUGCACUUCUUUCACGCCAUGGUCUUCGAGCCUUGUACUGGUGGACUCUGAAUCUCUGAGCGCAGCAGAUUACGCAUUUCAAGAGCAUGGCUUGGCCCCGUCGCCCACGGCUCCAUUAAAUGAGCGACUCGAGUUUCUUCUAUCCAUAGCGCAACAUAUAGGCUUCUCAUCGCUCGAUGAAGUGCUUCUGUCAUACUACACAGGGAGAUUUGAUACACCACCUGCGUUCAGAGAGGCACAAUGUCGGGACCUGAGCAAUCUACUCACCCACCCUUUACAGACUUCACAUCAAUGCUCGGGUUGGGAGUCUGACGGAGUGCAAGAAGAGAGUGAUGCUGUAGAGUUUGUUCAUCAGGCAGUGGAUAACCAUGAAGCUGAGUAAAGAGCUGGAACACUGGCAGAAACUGUGAUAUCCCGAAUAAUGUACAACUGAUUAAAUUCAAGAAAAGACGUCAAGCAUCGUCAAAUCGUAUGCUGAUGGC